AUGGCACCCCGCAAGCAGCAAGCGAACUCGCGAGCGAGCUCACCAGAGUUCCCCAUUUUAGAAGCCAAUGGCCUGUAUCCGAGUAACAUCAGAGGUGAUGGCAACUGCCUGUUCAAUGCUCUGUCUGAUCAGCUCUAUGGCAACCAAGAGAUGCACGCAUUCCUUCGAGACGCCACUAUCGAGCACAUGCGGGACAACUCGGAGUUCUAUCGUCAAUAUAUGGCUGUGAAUAACCUGCGGAGAAAUCCCAAACGCACUACCACAGCUGCCCAGCCAACCCGCAUCGACACCACGUACUAUACAGAAGAACAGCUGCAGCUGCAGUUCGAAGAGCAUGUCGAGAAGAUGGGCCAGCCUGGUGAAUGGGCGGACAACAUGGAGGUCUCCGCAUUUGCCUCUGCCCUCAACGUGCACGUUCGUCUCUGGCAGGGCGACUAUACCUACGUGUUCUCACCGCGACUAUACUAUUCGCAGAACGAUGACCUAACUGCCGAGGAUGACAGGAGAACGUUACACAUCGCCUAUCACACUUGGGAGCACUACUCCUCCGUGCGCAAUACUGCAGGACCCCACACGGGUGAGCCUGAUGUGAAGUUCAACGCCGAAGGACUCUCAAAGAAGCGACCAAGUCCAAGCGUAGAUGGCGAAAACGACGACCAAGCAUCACGGGCUCAAAAGCGCCGUUCACCCCUUCAUCUCUUCGACUCUGAUUCCACGCCUGAAGGCAGCGAAACCUCGUCAGACGAGUCAAGUGGCGUCAUGUCUAGCUUCCAGCAGUCUCAGCAUGAUGUUCCACGAGCACCGGGCGUGAGAGCUCCUAAGCUUACACUGAAGCUCAGAUGUCUGCGAACUAGCGACCCAACACCUUCACCUGCCCUUACCCGCUCAUCCACACCAGCCCCUCUCACCCCCGCAUCUACUGGCACGACACCUGUGCCUUCAAUACCACCCUCAACCGCACAGACACCGCUCGCCCCACCGGUGGCAGCGAAGACGUCUCUGUGCACCCAACUCCCCACACCCACCACCACUCCGGCCUUAGACGAGGCUGCGAGUUCUUCUACUGUAACAUCGUAG